AUGGCCGCGCAGGGAGAGGGGCUGCCGCCGCCGCCGGGCGCCUUCCCGCUGCUGGUGCGSGGCCCCUGGGGCUCGGCCGAGCCGCCGGGCGCGCUGCGGAAAAAGCUGCUCUGCUACUUCCAGAGCCAGAAGCGCUCGGGCGGCGGCGAGUGCGAGCUGCGAGCGGGGCCGGCGCCCGGGAGCCUCCUGCUCUGCUUCGCCCGCCGCGACGUGAGGCAGCGCGUGCUCGACCGGCGCUCGCACGAGCUCGACUGGGGGCCAGGGGGCCGCCUGGCGCUGCUCGUCACGGAGCCGCCCGCGGGCGGGGACGCCGCGCAGGGGGCCGGAGCGGCGAGCGCGGCCCGGGCAGCAGAACCACAGGUGUCUUUUCCAACCUGUGGGGGUAAGGAGGCCUUGGGCGAUACUGAGCAGAAACAAAGGGAAUCAUCUGGGAACUUAAGAGCAGAAACAGCAGUUUCUGGGGAAUCUGUCAUAGUAGUAACCACAGCGUCUGGGGAGGAAAUAGAAGAUGAGAUUGCAGAAAUGUAUUUUGAAAAUAAGAAGAAGUCUGGUGGGGGACCCAUUAAGUCGUGCAUCAGAAAGGAUCAGCAAAUAAUCAUUACCUUUCAGGAUGAGAGAGAUGCCCAGGAAGUUUUGCAAAGAGAUCAUCACUCAGUGAAGAAAAUUGAGCUGUUGGUGAAGCCUUGGCAGGUGGAGACUAUCCAGGACCUGUUCCAAGUGGAGAACUCUCAAGAAUCUGUGCCUCCUGCCUUAGUUGUGCUCAAAGAUGUGCAGGAGACAGUAGGAGAGUACAUGUUAAUUAUGCUGGUAGAGAAUAUCAGUGGUUUAUCAGAGGAAGACAAGGACUUCAGUGUGGAAAUGAUACCUGAAAUAAAUGCUGCUGUAAUUACUUUUUCUGGAAAUACUGCCACAGAUGAAUUUGUUAGAAAAUUUAAUCAAAAUAACAGAGCAAAGCAACAUGGUAUUACUGCACGAUGCCUUGAGGUGACGAAAAGCCUUAUGGCUGAAAAUAUACCACCUAACACCCCCAAUGACUAUAUUACCAUCUACUUUGAGAACAAAAAGAAUGGAAGUGCACAAGUGGUGGAUGUUCAGCAGUUGCAUGAUGAAGGUGCAGCUAUCAUUACAUUCAGUGAUCAUAAAGAUGUGCUCAAUAUCUUGGCAAAGCAGCAUUCACUCAACAGAGUCCCCAUCUUUGUCUAUCCUUACUAUAAGUCAUUGGGAACAGCUCUCUAUGGAAAGGAAGGGCCUCAAAUAAAGAAGCCAGAUCCAGUUACAGUGCCUCUGGAUCUUUAUAUCUGGCAGUUCUUACAAAAAAAUCAUAGUCUAAUGGAGACAAUCAAUUGUGAUAUGGCAAAGUGUAAUUGUCUGCUAACAUGGCCUGAACCCAGCUGUGAAGACCCAAAAGUUACUUUGCAUUUUGCAGCUGAUCUGUCCAUGCAGAAGAGAUUAAUGGCUCGAUUGAUCAAGACAUGGAAUAACAGUGUUUCCAUAGCAUUUUCAUGUAGUAUAUCAAAGUACACAUCAAUUACAUUUCAAAUAAGUGCAGAGGUGUGGGAUGCUGUUAGCAAUAGCAUUGCCCCAGAUGGAGUCUUGAUAAUCCCAUUUGUUCACAAUGAGUUGCUUGUUCUAGUAGGUGACAAAGAGUUUCUGAAGGAUAUUGAAGAAGAGGUGAAGUUGCUGAUAGAAAAUGCCACCAAGCAAAUUGAAAGAGAGAAGAAAAAAAUUGAAGAAAUUGUGAGUGUGUGUCCAGGGGAGUAUGCAAUUUUACAGGUUAUUGGACUUGAAGAAAAAAUUCGUAAGGAAUGCCCAACUCUGCAGAUGAUUUAUAAUCCCUUGCAUAAGAUAAUCAUCCUCCGUGGAGUGUCUGAGGAAGCUUAUAAAGUCAAAGGUGAAAUCCUAGAUAAUAUGCACAAACUGGUAAAGAAAUCAGUUAAUGUUCACCCUCAUAUUUUGCAGUUUUUAGAGUAUGUGGAUAAUGAAACUCUGUCACAGAGCUUGUUUAUGUCAAAACAAAUUAGUGCUUUCUAUGAGCUUGAAAAGGAAGCUAUUAUGUUGACUGGGAGUACUUCUGAAAUGCUCCAACAAGCAGAAGAUGAAAUAGAGAGGGAACUGAACCACAGAAGCAUUGAUCUGGAGGAUGAGUCUGUCCUCCAGAAGGAAGAAUGGAGGUUGCUCACCACCCAGAAUUGUUUUAGUGCAGCUGUAUCAGUCACUCGGGUAGGAAGACAGGUCAUUGUUGCUGGCUGUUCUCAAGCCGUGGAAAAAGCUUAUGAGGAGUUCUCUGACUUUAUAGAUCGAAACACUCAAGUGCAACAGUUCAUCAGAGGAAAGCCCACGGCAGUCGUAAUGUUCUUCAAGAAAGAGAAGAGAAAGGUGUUGACUACAUUGCAAAAUAAUGGCGUGAAAGUCAACUUUGGCACAGAAGGGCAGGAUAGCGUUAUUUCUUUGAGGGGGCCAAGAAGAGAAGUGUUGAAGGGAGUCACUUUAGUAGAACAGAUUCUUUGCAGGUUGUGUUAUAAGCGUGUGUUAAUUAGUGAGCCAGGAGCCAAGUCAUAUUUGAAAGAACGAGAACACUUUUAUGCUGCCACUGCAAAAAACACCUUCAACUGUAUAGUCAGGCUGGAAGAGCAGCCAGAACAGCAAGAGCAGGGUAGGGGAAGCAAGCCCUACGUGCAGAUGACUGCAGGUGGAAUUCUGAUAGAAGUUCGUAAAGCUGACUUGUGCACUCAUCAUGUUGAUGUUGUUGUAAAUGCAUCAAAUGAAGGCUUAAAACUUACRGAGGCAUUUUUACAAGCGGCCGGUCCAGAGCUCCAAGAAGAGUGUGACAAGCUGACAAAGCAGGGCUGUUUGCAACCUGGAUGUGCUGUUAUCACAGGAGCUGGGAAGCUCCCCUGCAAACAUGUGAUUCAUGCUGUUUGGCCCACCUGGAGGAAAGAUGAAGCACAAAAUUGUGUAUUGUUGUUAAGAAAGACAGUGAAGAAUUGCCUACACCUGGCCAAAACAUACAAUCAGCGCUCCAUAGCCCUCCCAUCUAUAAGUACUGGGAGUUUUGGCUUUCCAGUGCAACUGUAUACAUAUUCAGUUGUAUCAUCCAUCAAGGAAACCUUGGAAUCCAUGGCGAACAAUAGCUUGAGCGAAGUUCAUCUUGUGGAUGUUGCAGAGAAAAAUAUUCAGGCUUUCAGUGAGGCACUGAAAGAAGUGUUUUUGGAUAAUUUGCAUCCCCAGGGUUCAGUCAGUCAGAUUAAUCAGCCUAGGAAAAGCCAAAGUUCUCAAAAUAGCGACAGCCUCGUGAUGGUAACAACAGAAGAAGGCCUUGACAUUCUGCUGAAAAAAGGAAGCAUUGCAGAUGCUACAACAGACAUURUUGUCAACAGUGUUGCUGAAGAUCUGGAGCUUACUAAAGGGCCACUCUCCAAAAUCUUGCUAAGCAAGGCAGGGCCAAUGCUUCAGACAGCCUUAAAGGAAGAAGGCUUAAAAAGUACACCCAGUGAAGGAUCCGUGUUGAAAACGAAAGGAUACGGUCUAGGUUGCCAUUACGUGCUUCACACCAUUUUACCUAGGUGGUCACAGGGCUGUUCAUCUGAAAAAAAGAUCCUUGGAAAUAUCAUCACAGAAUGCCUGAAAAUUGCCGAGGAGCUGUCUUUAAAGUCGAUCACUUUCCCAGCAAUUGGGACAGGGAAUUUAGGAUUUCCGAAGCCUGUUGUUGCCAAAUUACUGUUUGACAAAGUGUUUGAAUUCAGCAAUAAARAAAGAAUAAAUUCCCUUGAAGAAGUUCACUUCUUACUGUAUCCGAAAGACACAUGUAAUGUGAAGGCAUUUUCAGAUGAACUGCAGCGGAGACGUGGAAGUACUGUAGGCGAAAUGCAGGAGACUGCUCCAAGUGAGGCUAGCCAAAGCACAACUUUCUUUGGCCCUGUUUCAACCCCGGCACAAGAUGUACAUGAAAUGAUGAUUGGCUCUAUCGUUUUCCAGGUGUUUAUGGGAGAUAUUACUAAGGAAAAAUCAGAUGUCAUUGUAAACAUAACGAACAGAAGCUUUAACCUCAGAAAAGGUGUUUCUAAAGCGAUUCUGGAAGGCGCUGGACAAGCUGUUCAAGAUGAGUGUACCCAAUUAGCCUUGCAGCCUAACARUGACUUUAUAACCACUCAAGCAGGAUGUCUGCCAUGCAAAAGAAUAAUCCAUUUUGUUACCCAGGAUGAUAUCAAGGUACCAGUCUCCAAAGUGCUUCAGGAGUGUGAAUUACAGCAAUAUGCCUCUGUCAUCUUUCCAGCAAUUGGAACAGGUGCAGCAGGUCGGGAUCCGACCACAGCAGCUGAUGAAAUGAUGGAUGCAAUAACUGACUUUGCAAGAAAUAACUCUGUUCACUCUGUGAAAACAGUGAAAGUUGUCAUCUUUCAGCCCCAUCUGCUAAGUGUGUUCCAUGCAAGCAUGCUCAAAAAAGAACGUUCUGGUAAAAAAGGUCCAUUCAAAUCAUUUAUUUCCAGCCUAUUACCACGCUGGAGCUCUGAGAAAUGUAACCCGAAGGAAAAAAGCAAAGCAGUUUUGGAAAAGAAAACUGAAGUGGCUGUUGUUCAGAUUUGUGGUGAAAACCAAAAGCAGGUGGAAGAAGCUGAAACCUGGAUCAAAAAUGCAAUUUCAAAGGACCAGCAUGAGGAAGUAAUCACAAAUGACUUUAUCCAGAGCUUUGGUGAAAGGGAAAAUGAAGAACUGCAUGACCUACAGAAGCAAUUAAAUAUUAUUCUUCAUUUGGAACAUAACUUUAUUAAAAUUUCAGGUGUUGCUAAAGAUGUAUGGUUUGCUCAUUCAAAAAUCCAAAAUAUGAUUCACAGAGUUGAAGCUGCUGAAGAUGAAAAAAUCAAGGCAGAAUUCCUAAAAAAUUCAAUUGAGUGGAAAUACUUUGAAAAUGAUUCUUUUGUGUCCUUUGACAACCUGACAAAUUUGCAUUUAGAAAAGGCUUUCUUAGGAAAGCAGAAAUAUAUUUCAGUCUCUAUUAAUAAUCAGAAUUACAGAGUGGACAUAGAAGCCAAGCAUGCUAUAGAUGCUCAAGGAAGAAAGACRGUCAUCGCCCGUGUUGAUAAAUCUAAAGAUCAAGAGUCAAUAGUACUCCCUGCAACAUGGGAUGAUGUGCAAACAGAGCAAGUCAAAAUAGUGGAGCUAAAACCAGAAAUGAAAGAAUACAAAGAUGUGCAGGCAAGAUUUCAACAGACCUGUUUGUCAUUCAAAAUCGAAAAGAUUGAAAGGAUACAGAACCCAUAUUCUUGGAAGGCCUACCAAAUAAAAAAGCUUGAAAUGGAUAAGAAAAAUGGCAACAGAAAUAAUGAAAGGCUUCUGUUUCAUGGAACUAGUAGAGACUCAUUAACCUUAAUUAACAACCGUGGAUUUAAUCGGAGCUAUGCUGGAAUAAAUGGUGCGAGCUAUGGAAAUGGAACUUACUUUGCUGUUAAUGCCAACUAUUCUGCAGGUGACACUUACUCCAAACCAGAUGCCACGGGGAAGAAGUACAUGUACCUUGCUCGAGUCCUUGUUGGAGAGUAUUCUGUGGGGAGAAGUGGAGCAAUUACUCCGUCACCAAAAAAUUCUAGUAACUCUAUAGAUCUGUUUGAUAGUUCAACUGAUAAUGUGAACCAACCAACCAUGUUUGUCAUAUUUAAUGACAUUCAAGCUUACCCGGAAUACCUCAUCACUUUCACUAAAUAAGCAAUCUUAAUUGCAGCUAAGAUUGCAUGUCUUUUAGUCUUUAUCUUAUAAUUCUUGUAACAAAAAAAUGCAGUGAAAGCAGAAACUAUUUUUAUCUCAUUGAUUUCUUAAAGCUUGUUUACAUUUAAGCAACCCAAAGGCAACUUUUAAUAGUACUGAAAAAGACUGUUUAAAUAUUUUUUUGCUGUACAGAGGGGAAAACAUUUAACACUUUUGAGUGCUCUUUUCUACUGAUAAUUGCUUAUGGGUUACCUGUUGGGUACAUGUUAGGACACUGGAACUUGGCCUUUCUUUGCAGUGUACAGCUGUCYCAGUUUCCUGGUUGCAAUAAAAGGUGGUUAGUGUUGAUAGGGUCAGGAGUGUCUGAUCUCAGCUACAGUUCAACAUACUUUGCUGUUAGAAGUAUCUCACUCUUCCUGUAACAUUGUUUAUGAUCUAAAAAACA